ACCGAGGACAGGAAAAUGCCACCCAAGUGCAUAGCUAAGAGAAGGUCACCCCCAGAAGAUGCCAUCCCCAAAAGUAAGAAAGUAAAAGUCUCACACAGGUCUCACAAAACAGAACCUGGCUUGGUGCUGACACUGGGCCAGCGAGACGUGGGCCAGCUGGGGCUGGGUGAGAGUGUGCUGGAGAGGAAGAAGCCGGCCUUGGUACCCCUUCUGCAAGAUGUUGUGCAGGCUGAAGCCGGGGGCAUGCAUACCGUGUGUCUGAGUCAAAGUGGCCAGGUUUACUCCUUCGGCUGCAAUGAUGAGGGUGCCUUGGGAAGGGAGACAUCAGUUGAGGGCUCAGAGAUGGUCCCUGGGAAAGUGGAACUGCAAGAGAAGGUGGUCCAAGUGUCAGCAGGAGACAGUCACACAGCAGUCCUUACCGAAGAUGGCCGGGUCUUCCUCUGGGGCUCUUUCCGGGACAAUAAUCGUGUGAUUGGGUAUUUGAAGCCCAUGAAGAAGAGCAUGGUUCCUGUUCAAGUGCAGCUGGACAUGCCUGUGGUAAAGGUGGCUUCAGGGAAUGACCAUUUGGUGAUGCUGACGACUGAAGGAGACCUCUACACCUUGGGGUGUGGGGAGCAGGGUCAGCUGGGCCGUGUGCCUGAGUUAUUUGCCAACCAAAGUGUCCGUCAGGGCCUUGAGAGACUCCUGGUCCCCAAGUGUGUGCUGCUAAAAUCCAGGGGAAGUCGGGGCCGUGUGCGGUUCCAGGAUGCCUUCUGUGGUGCCUAUUUCACUUUUGCCAUCUCCCAUGAAGGCCAUAUGUAUGGCUUUGGCCUCUCCAACUAUCACCAGCUUGGAACUCCGGACACUGCAUCUUGCUUCAUUCCUCAGAACUUGACAUCCUUCAAGAAUUCCACUAAGUUCUGUGUGGGCUUCUCUACUGGCCAGCAACAUACAAUCUGCGUGGAUUCAGAAGGAAACGCAUACAGCCUGGCCAGGGCUGAAUAUGGGCGGCUGGGCCUUGGGGAGGGUGUCGAGGAGAAGAGCAUACCAACCCUCAUUUCCUGGCUGCCCGUCGUCUCCUCAGUGGCCUGUGGGGCUUCUGUAGGAUGUUCUGUGUCCAAGGAUGGUUGUGUUUUUGCCUGGGGCAUGGGCACCAACUACCAGCUGGGCACAGGGCAGGAUGAAGAUGACUGGAGCCCUGUGGAAAUGACUGGCAAAAAGCUAGAGAACCGAGUGGUCUUAACUGUGUCCAGUGGAGGCCAGCACACAGUCUUACUAGUUAAGGACAAGGAACAGAGCUGA